GCUAUAUCUGACUCUGACAUCAUUAUUAUAGGCCGACUGGGAGGAUCUGUGCGCACUCUCCUUUAAGAUGCGUCUGUCAUCGCUCUGUUAAUGGAAAGUCAUUCUGGCUGCUUCCUGCAGUGCACGAGGAGAUCUGUUCCUGCUGGCCCGCGGAAGGAGGGGGAAAAAAAACUACGGUGGUGCAUUUUGUGUCGGCCGACAAAACCCAGGAAGGAAGGGGAGAGGACAGGCCCCGCCGAGGGAGACGGAAAUGAGAGGGGGUGUCCAAAGAGGAAACCCUAUCCCUUUAAGAGCAAGUGGGACAUAGCGGUGCGAGAAAAGGAGAGGAGGGGGAGAAGAAAGAGGAAUUAAAAAAGAAAAGGAAGAAAGAGACAGGGAGGGAGGAGGGAGAGCGGGCGAUAAAAAAAGAAAGAUGACAUCCUCGCAGCUGAACGGCCGAGGUGGAGCGAUAGGCUGCGGCCCGGCGAGAGCGCCGCUCGCCGGGGUCAGGGCUUGAAUCCAACAACGAGGCUUCGACAAAACACCCGAUUGGCCUAUUGGGAGAAAUCGGAAAAAUAGAUUCAUAAAUUAAAAACAAAGCAUGACCUGCUGUGCUGCCAGAUACGUGUGUUAUAACCCAUAUUUGUUCUCUUGCGUAAAAUGCAUUUAUUUCACGUAGAAUGGUUUGUGUUUUUAGCGAAAGUGUGAGACUGUAAUAUGCGAUUUUUUUUUAAUUUAAAAAAAAGAAGAAGCUGUUUUGUUGUGUGGUGUUGCGUUUUAGUAAGAUUAGUGUUGAGUAAAGUGAAGUUAGAAAACCAAAGUGAAACGAGAAACAGGCCAUUAUUGGACCCGGCCUGCUGCCUGCGAGCUGCAGCCUGCGUUAGACAACAGCUGCGUGCAUUUUAAUCGACAGCAUUAGUGCUACCUCAAUGACAAUUGCAGACGACUUUAUUCACGUUUUUCAAGCAAAUCCAGAAGCCUGUCGUUUCUUCUGCGGGACAGGCGACUGUUUGCGCCUGAAUCACCAGUGGGCCGAUCAAAACCAUGCAAAGGCUGCCCUCCACGAUCUCAAUCAGGAGCUGACUUUAUAAUCUCCAUCGCCGUGGCGCAAAAUGGAUGCUUCUUGGAGCAAUUUUCUCUUCCAGAAUACUCCCACCCAAAACCAAGUGGACGGGAGCCUCCAAUCAGAGCUCAUGCCUGUGCAUACGAGUUCUCCCCAAACCCCACCCACAGAGCACAUAGCACAGCCUCCCUCGACUGUGGACACUGCUGCUCUCAGUGAGGAGCCCCUGCCCGUGAAGCCAGUGUCUCGGCCGGCCCGCAUGCCCCACAUCUGUGCCAUCUGCAACAAGCAGUUCAAGAACAACUACAACCUGCGGCGGCACCAGUCGGUCCACACUGGGGUACGCAUGAAGGACAGGGCCAGAGAGCAGGAGGGGGCAAAGGAGGGAGCAGCCGGCCAGGUGGCAGUGGCGGCCCCGUCGGUGAUGGCGGUGGGGGCUGGAGGGAGGGUGGAGAGGCCCACUGUUUCCCUCUCCCUGCUACACCUCUCCGCACCUCACCUUCUCGCCCCUCCUGUCGUGCUGGCGGGGGCCCAGCAGCCUCCCCUGGGUAGUCAGGAUGGUGACGGGGUUGCCAUGGCUAACGUAAUGGCUAGUGUUAACCCCCAUGCUCCGCCUCCUGCUGCUGUCGUCAUGGCCACAGGGGCGACAGUACAGCGGCCUGCAAAUCCUAACCCAAACCCGGUGAGGAAGAACCACGCCUGCGAGACGUGUGGGAAGGCUUUCCGUGACGUUUACCACCUCAACCGCCACCGCCUGUCCCACUCGGACGAGAAGCCGUUCUCAUGUCCCAUCUGCCAGCAGCGCUUCAAGAGAAAGGACCGCAUGAGCCAUCACGUGCGCUCCCACCAGGGGGGUGUGGAAAAGCCCUACGUCUGCCCCCACUGUGGCAAGGCUUUCUCCAGGCCUGACCAUCUGAACAGUCACGUCAGACAGGUACACUCCUCGGAGCGACCCUUCAAAUGCCCGACCUGUGAGUCUAGCUUUGCCACGAAGGAUCGUUUGCGUGCGCAUAUGAUUCGCCAUGAGGAGAAGGUCCCCUGCCACAUCUGUGGCAAGCUCCUGUCUGCUGCUUACAUCACAGAUCACAUGAGGGUGCACAACCAGUCACAGCACCAUGCUUGCCAUCUCUGUAACCGCAGCUUCACCACACUGACAUACCUUCGUGUCCAUGCCCAGAAGCACCAUGGGCAGGAGUGGAAAGACAGUCCAGGGGGCUUCGGCACAACCUCUGGUGGCAUACUCGUCUGCCACCUAUGCGGCAUCCACUGCAAGACACCCACCCAGCUCCAGGGGCACAUGGGCACCCAUGGCAACAACCAGGGUGCCCCCAGCCCCAUCACCACCAAUGUGGCUGCCAGCAGCUCUGUCUCCCUCAGCAACAUGGUGACAGCGCCGACUGUGUAUGUCACCGGUAACACGGUGGUGGACCUGCUCGUCACAGACUGCUCGAGCAUUGCAGCUCCACAAUCCCACAGUUAACAGUAGAGAGCUCAGCAAUAAUAACCUCAGUCUCUUAACAGAGGGCAAGGUUGGAGACGGUUACAGUUGCGCGUAGAUGCUGAUCCGGUUUCAGUUUUGUAAUAUCCCCACUUAUAGGUAUGGUUAGGAUUAAAAAGUGGGGGAGAUUAACUCCAGUCGGCAUUCAAGGGCAGUUUUCCCUCAGAGCUGCAGAGCUGGAGCAUCAGUGAAAAGGAAGCUGUAUUAAUAGAGCAGUGAAGUCAUGGAAAGAGGGACCUUUGUGGCGGCAGCAGGUUCAUUGACACUCAUGACAAACAUGGAUGUGUUGUCCAAUUAUUCCUGAAUGCCCUUGUGCAUUUAAGACUCCAAUGAAACUGUGGUAUUGUGGGCGUCUACUGUAUUACUCUCCCCUCUCUGCCCUCUCUCUCUGUCCCUCCCCUCGACCCUGGCAUUGGCUGCUCUCUGCAAGUGCACCAAGUACUGUAUAUCUCACACCAGCUCUGAUCUUACCUCCAUUUUUGCAGCUCACUUUCUAAGAAUCCAAAUGGCUUGCGUUAAGAAGUAGUAGGGAGAGAAUAGCUUUCAGAAAACGUAACGAAGAAACCAGUAGAAAGGAGAGUUGUGUGUUUUUGGUUGUGUGUGUGUGUGUGUCUGUGCGCGCAAGUCAGGGGCUCUGCUAGCAUGUUAGCUUGUUUGUUCACAAAACUAAAACCAUUUGAUUUUGCAAAGCUGUAAUGCCAGGUUAUUAAGUCUCUAGAGGGCUGUUUAUUGAUCAGGAUGGAAGGCCAUAUGUGUUUUGGUCAGUAUGGAAAUGUGGGAUGUACUUCUUCAUUUGUUUUCCUAAAGGUACAGAGAUAAGAAUAGUUAUGUUCAGGAAUGUCAAGCACCUUAAGUCGUUAUUGUUUGAGAUUUCUUGGAUUUUCUUGCUCUGAGUCUUCCUCUCUUGGUCUGGCCAUU